CAGAAAAAGGAGUCAACCCAGAAGACACAAAACAGAGGAUCAGAAGUCUCUUGGGGAUGUCAUGGCUAUUGAAACUGCCUUGGAAGAUGUGAAAGUAAAAGAAGAGCUGAAAAGGGGGCCGGAUCUGGAGGAAGAAGAGAGGAGCAAAGGGAUGGAGGGAGAAGGUGAGUGCAAGGCCAAGGCGCGGCCCCCAAAGGCCAAGGGCGAGAGGAAGAAGAAGCAGAAUCCCCCAUUCCCCCAGCACACCCCAGCAGUUCCCCAGCCCCCUGCCCAUCCUCCAGGCACCGGUGCCACCCCUCAGCAGCCACCAGCCGAGGACGGGGCAGUGACAUCCCGGCCCCCGGGGCCUCCCCCGGGCCCGGUACCCGAACAGGCCCCGGCGCCGCUCAACGUGGUGGUGCCGCCCUCAGAGGCGCCGGCCGAGGAGGACGAUUUCAAACCCCGGCCCAUCAUCCCCAUGCUCUACGUGGUGCCCCGCAGCAAGAAGGUGGUGUUCGACAAGGAGCACAUGUCRUGCCAGCAGGCUUUCGAGCAGUUUGCCACGCAGAGGGGCCUGGGUUGGCGUGAGCAGGGGGCACUGCCCGGCCCUGCCAAGGAUGGAGAUGGCAGCACUGAGGCCGAGCACAAUGAGGUCACCACGGAGGCUGCUUCUGCCUUCUCCAAGAUGAAGAUGGAGAUCAAGAAGAGCCGCCGGCACCCGCUGGGCAAACCCCCGACCCGCUCCCCGCUGUCUGUGGUCAAACAGGAGACCUCGAGUGAUGAAGAAACGUUCCCAUUUUCUGGAGAGGAAGACAUGAGUGAUCCAGAGGCUUUGAAAUCUUUACUUUCCUUCCAGUGGAAGAAUAAAGCACUUAAUUUCCCAGCUGAAAGGAAGUUCAAUGCAGCUGCUGCCCUGAGUGAGCCAUACUGUGCUGUCUGCACCCUCUUCUACCCCUAUAACCAGUCCUUGCAGGUGGAGAAGGAAUCCACCCCCAUCUCCACAGGGGAGCCGUCCUCCUUCGUGCACCUUUCCAAAUGUGGACAGAAGAGCAAGCCCCUGAUCCCAGAGAUGUGCUUCACCUCCAGUGGAGAAAACACCGAGCCCCUUCCUUCCAAUUCCUACAUCGGAGAGGAUGGAACCAGUCCCUUGAUAUCCUGUGCCAAAUGCUGCCUGCAGGUUCAUGCUAGCUGUUACGGGAUCCGUCCAGAGCUGGUGAAUGAGAGUUGGUCGUGCUCGCGRUGCUCAGCCGGCGCGUGGGCAGCGGAAUGUUGCCUGUGCAAUCUCAGGGGAGGAGCUCUCCAGAUGACCACUGAUGGCCGGUGGGUCCAUGUCAUCUGUGCUAUUGCUGUCCCCGAGGCGCGUUUCCUCAACGUCAUGGAGCGUCACCCGGUGGAUAUCAGCGCCAUCCCGGAGCAGAGGUGGAAACUGAGGUGUGUGUACUGCCGCAAGCGGAUGAAGAAGGUGUCUGGUGCGUGUAUCCAGUGUUCCUACGAGCACUGCUCCACCUCGUUCCACGUCACGUGUGCCCACGCCGCCGGGGUGCCCAUGGAGCCCGAUGACUGGCCCUACGUCGUGUCCAUCACCUGCUUCAAGCACAAAGCAGCAAACCAGAACGUUCCAUUCCGRAGGGAGGUGGCCCUGGGGCAAACAGUGAUCACCAAGAACAGGAAUGGGCUCUACUAUCGCUGCAGGGUCAUUGGCACCACCACCCAAACCUUCUACGAGGUCAACUUCGACGACGGCUCCUACAGCGACAACGUCUACCCCGAGAGCAUCAUUAGCAGGGACUGCAUCCAGCUGGGKCCCCCUCCAGAGGGGGAGCUGGUCCAGCUGCAGUGGACGGAUGGRAUCAUCUACAAGGCCAAAUUCAUUGCAGCUCAGAUCAGUCAGAUUUACCAGGUCGAGUUUGAAGACGGUUCUCAGCUCAUGGUAAAGCGUGGGGAUAUUUAUACCUUGGAGGAAGAGCUUCCCAAGAGAGUCAAGUCUCGCCUGUCCCUCAGCACCGCAGCCCCUCAGGAAGAUGUAUUUUCAGGAGAUGAAGUGAGAGCAGCCAAGCGUCCCCGGCUGGGGAACCCCAGAAAUCCCGAAGAAUACGGACAAACCCCCGAUUAUUUGGCCUUUAUGGAGAGCCUGUUGCAGACACAGUACCAGCCUGGGACUCAGARCAACAUGUUUUAACCAGGAUUCCUUCAAAAAAAUUUCAAUUAACCCUUUUUGAGUUGGUGGAAAAAACAGAUAGGAGACUGUGGAAUGGAAAACCAGCCCUGUGCAAUAGUCUGCUGUGAAUUUCUUUCAUCUCCUCUUGGUUUGGACUGCAGGAAAUCCCUGUCUGGCUGCUACCUCUACCUUGCCAGGAGUUGCUGACCAAGAGCUGGGGAGCUCAGAAACCCUUCAGCUUUUCACAAMGGAGACUUUGGAAGAGUUUCUACAGAUGGAGCUUUGUGACUGGUUCUUUUUUUUUUUUUUAAUGAGGAAAGGGUUAAAAUUUAACAAAAAAGGAACUUUUUCAAAUCUGUCAAAACUUUUGUCUUUCAAGGUGCUAUUACAUUGACUACUGAAGCAGCCUUUGGAAUCAUGUUUUCUGUACAUAGACGUCACCUUUGUGAAGUUUUCUAUGAAUGAGCAUUAUUAAAAAAAAAAAGCAAGCAAAAAUAGGAAAACAAAAGUUUCCACGAAACA